AUGAACCUCACAUACAUAGAUCCCACGUACAUGAUUCGUGCCAUUCCUAGCAAUGCUUCAGACAACGUCUAUUGCACGCUUCUCGUUCAUAGUGUUGUCCAUGGCGCCAUGGCUGAAUACUUGGGCUUCACUGUCGGUCGUGUUAAUGGCAGGCAUGCUUAUAUACCUAUCUACCGUGCGACUGAGAAGCAGAAUCAAGUCUGUAUAACCGACCGUAUGUGGGCGAGGUUGCUUUCCUCUGUGAACCAACCUAGCUUCCUCAGCCCAGAGGACAUUGAAGAAGCCAAGAAUAAGCGAGAGUCGAGCAUUCAAGAUCUACAAAUGUUCUUGGCAGACGGGAAGGCCUUGAGUGAGGACGCCAAUUUCUCGGUGACGUCAUAA